AUGAUAAUGGUGAUUACAAUAUCCGAUGCAGUAACUGGAAUUUGUAGUGUUAUCACCGCUGUCAGAUUGAUUUCGACAGGCUCUCAAAUAUUCGUUAUAUUUGGAGGAAUUUGUGAAAGAGCUUUCGAUGAGAAGUUGACAAAAUCCAGGUUUUGCAUGUAUUGGUACGCUUUGCUAGUACAAUGCCAUUUGCUCAACAACAUUAUAAUGAUAUUCUCCUAUAUCUACCGUGCCUAUGUAAUCACAAUGCCAUUCGAUACGAUCAAUCGAAAAAAGAUUCAGUUGGUCACCUACGGAUAUUGCCUGUGGCAUUUUUCUUAUUUUACCUGGGUUUACUUUAUGUCCUGGUCCUCCUUGGAUGCUAUGGAUGCAGAAAUUUCGAAAAUUUAUCCGGAGAUAAUUGGUUCUAAUUACACAUAUUCAGGGGUUCUCGAUGUGAAUGCUCCAUCUCAGAUAGUGUUUAACAUGAUGUCAAUUUUAAAUCCGGUAUUUGUAGUUACUGUCGCACUAAUUUGCAAGUGUAUAAUUGAAAGAUAUUUGAAUAAAUUUACAUUCACGGAAAAAAAGAAACGGCAGCAUAGGUCUUUGAUCAACGUUCUUCUCUAUCAAACCAUUGGCCCACUCCUUUAUUUAGUUACCGUAACCCUCUACGUGACGAUAGGCCAAACUGGUGGCAGCACCGCACUACUCGAGAAUCUGAUGCCCUUCUCACUGGUGCUUCUGACUGUUGUUAGCCCAACCGCCAGUUGUAUCUUAAUUGGUCCUUAUCGAGCUGCGUUUUAUAAAUUAUGGAAUUCAAGUGUUUCGAAGAUUUUUGGAGCGCAUUCCAGAUUGUUGAAGAACCAAGAACGACCACUUCGAAGCACAGUUUCAGUUACCAAUCAAUUAUAA